AUGUUCUGCGGCGAUGGCAAGUAUCCAGGGGAUGGCGGGGCUGUGCUGGAGAAGGUGUGGAGAAAGCACAGAUGGAAAGAGCUUCGCAAUUGCCCAGGACGCUACACAACUUCCGACUCGGAGGCUCGUGGCAAAGCUCCGGUACGGCUGCUUGACGACCUGAACGUGAUCUUGCCCGCGCUGGUAGAGUUGGCACCAGAGGGCAAGGAUGGUGGCGUUUACGUGCAUACCCUGAAUACCGAGAGUGGGCUGAUACGCAAAAUCGAUGCGCUGCAAUUGAGCAGCUAUGUCCCAACUUUGCUUGCGGCAGAGCCGGUGUCUGCGAAUGUUGCUGCAUUUGUCGGCUGUCUGGCCGUGCUGCCUUACCUGACGGACGCUGAAAAGAAUGCAUCCGCCUAUGCUCUGAACCAAGCGUUGCGAGAUGCGGCCAAACGGUGGCAAGAAGGGAAAAGGCGGUCACCUAAUCCCUGA